AGCCCUACCACUGCGAUUGGCCCGGAUGUGAGUUCAAGACCGCCAAACCCUCCAGUCUUUGCGUCCAUAAGAUGAGACACAAGAAUGUGUUGCGCUAUAAGUGUGAUUGGCCUGAAUGUGAGCGCACUUUCCUGACGUCAUCGCAACGGACUGUCCAUAAGAUGGUUCACAUGGGUAUUAAACCGCACGCGUGUCAGUACUGCGACAAACGGUACCCGCAGUUGAAUAAGUUAAAGACACACCAAAACAAACAUCAUUUCAAUCAAUUGCCAAACACUUCGUACGACUGAUUGGUUACCGAUUCAAUGGUCACUCAACUCUCACUAAACAAUCAUUUGUCAUAUUAUUUUGCGGACCACUCGUCCGCCACUUCCAGACAACCACUCUUUUUAAAUAAGUUUCUGUAUUUAUAUAUUGACUGC